GGACUGUGUGUAGACCUCCUUCUCUACCUACACCCAAUCUACCCGGGCCUAUCUCCACCACCACCAACCACUACUUGGCCCCCCUCCUUCACAUUCACCACACCUCAAUAUUUUCUUCCUGGUACACAACGCUUCACCUUAUUCUUCCUCACCCUUUCCCGCUCCCGCUUACCGCAAACGGGGGUCAUCCAAGUUUUUCUAUUUUACACACCUCCCUCCGCCGCGUCCCGAGUAAGUAUCUCUCUUCAUCACAAUACUCUGAGACCCUCCGCGCCAUCCUUAUCAAACGAUGGUUCUUUCAAACACUCGCUGACCCAUCAUAACAAUACCUUUUGUUAUAAACUUGGCACAUUCCCAGUUCUCAUCCGUCUUUUCGAUCGCGCGAAUAGCUUCACAUUGCUCACUCAUCCUUACGACUACGCGCAAAAAUGGCUGGAGGUGCUAGUGGCCCCUCGGCCUACCCUUUGCUCUUUGCAAAGCGGACCAAGCUCAACCAGGAGGCGACGACCUACUUCGCCAUCGCCCUGGCUGCUCUUAUGGGCAUCUUCAUCGUCUUUCACCUUGGUCGUCGUGGUGCUUCCAAGGCUGGUCUCGCUACGAAGAUGUCUGGUCUGGCAAAGCCGUCCCUCUUCGUGUCCCGAUCCAUCCGAAGAGUCGCCGUCUACAAGUUCCCUGCUUUGCCGUCCACUGGCCACUUCGUCGUCGCCCUCGGAUAUCUCGUAAUCAACAUCGCCCUGCUGUUCACCCACAUCGACGCCUCCGCUCUUCCAUAUCUCACAGUCAUUGCGGCUCGUGCAGGAUGGCUGUCCAUCGCCAACAUCGCUUUCGUGGUCUUUCUUAGUCUGAAGAACACUCCUCUCGGCUUCUUGACCGCCUGGUCCUACGAGCGGCUCAAUGUCCUCCAUCAAAUCGCCGGGUACAUCACCAUGGUUUUCAUCGUUGUACACGGUGCAACGUACUCCGCCUACUUCAUCGAGGCUGGUAACAUGGCACGCCUUCGUGUUGCUGAGGAAAUCUACGGCAUUGCUUCCGGAUUCACCUUCCUCGCCCUUGUGCUCGCCGGCGCAAUCGUCCGCCUCUGGUACUACGAACUGUUCUACAUUCUUCACGUAUCCUUCUUCGCCAUCUCGAUGGUUCUCGUCGGCCUUCACCAGCCAGAGCUAAGCAAGAAGAUCGUCAUCAUCACGGCUGUUGCUUCCGGUAUCUGGGUCGCCGACCGCGUUGUGAGAUUCGUCCGCGUUGUGCUUUACAGCUUCAACAACAACGCAACCAUCUACCCGCUUCCCCACGGCGGCACUCGCAUCAUCCUCAAUAAGACCCCCAUUGGCGCAAGUUCCGGAGAGCAUUGUUUCCUCUGGGUCCCCAAGAUCCGCGCUCUGGAGAUGCACCCUUUCACGAUUGCCGCCACCAACCCGCUGGAGUUUGUCAUCAACUCAUACGACGGCUUCACCCGCGAGCUCCACGAAUACGCAGUCCAGAACCCCGGUGCUACCCUCAAGGCUUCGGUUGAAGGCUCCUAUGGAACGUUCCCUAACCCGGCCGAGUACAACAAAAUCGUCCUGGUCGCUGGAGGCAGCGGAGCCAGCUUCACUGUUGGCACAGUCCUCAACCUGCUCAAUAAGGCCGCACAGGGAUCUAUGCCGAGUGUCACUUUUGUCUGGAUGGUCAAGGAUCCUGCUCGUCUCGAAUGGUUCGCCGGUCACCUCUCCACGAUUCGUCAGGCCCUCGGUGCCAACAUCCAGCUGUACGUCACCCGCGCACCUGGAAGCCAGGACUCUUCCCAGAACCCCGGCUCUUCCAAGGAGGACCGCUCCCGCUCGGGCACCAUCUCGUCUGAGGCCUCGACACCCUUCACUCCUUCAUCUGAGAAGUUCGAGACCACCAACGGCGUUCCCCAGCAGCCCCCAAGGAUCAACACUCGCGCCGUAUCUGACCCCGAGAAGUCCGGCUUUGAGUCUGAUACGACUUCGCCUUCAUCUCCCACCAUCCAGCAGAACGGAGUUACAAACAGCUUGAGCGGUAUCCCUGUCCACUAUGGCCGCCCCGACGUCGCCAAGAUUAUCCAGAACGCUAUCGACGAGACCCCCUCCGGCCAGCGAGUUCUCGUUAUGGGCUGUGGCCCUGAGAGCCUCAUGACGCAAGUCCGCAACACGACUGCCGGGUGCAUCCGCACAUCUGGUCCCGCUGUCGAGCUUCACUGCGAGCAGUUUGGUUGGUAAUUCAUUACACUCAUCCGUGAGAGAGACGUUAUGAGUUAUGAACCUGAGCUUCAGCGUGAUUUUGGUGUCAAUAUUCCUGGCCUCCCAUGGCCUUUAGUCUCACUCAACAUGAUUAUUCGUGUGCAUACUUUGAUCUCUUUUGGUCUCUUUGUAUGGCGUUGGAGUAUAUACGGGCAAGGGAGAGGUAUACGGCCGGGGACGGGUCUUCUGGAUUUGCUCUUUCUUGUGCAUUUGUGCGGCAGCUUGGCAACAAAAGAACAUAGAAUACAGAGACUGGAUCCUUUUGGGAUUUGUUCAAAGAGAUAUCGUUCUGCUAGAUAGCUGCCGCCAGUCAUUUGUCGUCGCGCGCGCGUUCAUACCCUUUACAGAAGCUUGGCCUCGGUGGCCACACUGUAAUCUUUGAUGAUUCAUAGAACAAUGGACAAUGGGAAAACCCAAA